AUGCCUGACACAGAGAAGGCCGCCAAAGCAGAGGCUGAGGAAGAGACAACCUCGGGUCGGCAAUCUCCUCUCACCCUCAAUGUGCCUGGUCAACAGACCGCCCCCAAGGGGGCAGCUUCUGGCAACACUCAAGGACGCAGCUCACGUCAGACUUCUCCAGCUCGUCUCUCCACCGAGCUCACACUCAAGGUGAGAUCACAAAUGAGUCGUUUCAAUACCAUAAAACUCAUUGCAGACGCGAAGGUUGUUGACCCCGAGAGCACAUCACUAGGGGAGGUCAAAGCAGCGCUGUCUCAAUUGGAGGAGCUACAUAAGGCGUUCUUGAAGGAGCACGCUUAUUUUGAGAUAACAUGGCCUGAGGCAUAUUUGGAUCACGAGUAUUUUGCGGACAACAUCCAUGAAAAGGAAGCUCAUCUCGUGAUCUCAGCUAAGCUACUGCUCAACAAGGUCAAACAGCGACUUCACCACGUGCAGCCUCUCCUGAUCCGGAGAAGCCAGUCCACUCACGUUUGCCAGACAUUAAGUUGCCGAAGUUUAAUGCACUCAAAGCUCAAUGACGUGGAGAAACUUCAUUAUCUCAGAGGCUGUGUGCAGGGCUCAGCGGAACAGCUCAUUCGAGGUUUGCCUCUCACCGGAGAAUCUCUUCAGCCAUCCUGGGACCUGCUCACCUCGAGGUUUGAUAACAAGAGACUCAUCAUACAGGCUCACCUUGACGGUCUCCUUAACCUCUCACAUGCCUUACCCAAGAACGCCGCAUCGCUCACCAAGUUAGUCUCAACAGUGUCCGAGAUUGAUAAGGCUCUAAGUUCGCUUGGCAUGGCGGAGCACAUGUGGAAUUGCUUCUUGGUCCAUCACGUGUCACGCUUCCUGGAUAGAGACACCAGAGAGGCGUGGGAAACCUCGCUUGGAUCAUCUCAAGAGUAUCCGCGCUUUGCGAAAUUUGAAACCUUCCUCAAUGCCAGGGCUAGAGCAUUGGAGAGAGUGGAGGCUGCACCACCUUCCUCGGGCAACUCAUCGAAAGUCACACCCAGCUCAUCUAAAUCUGCUAACAAAAAGGCGACUGCUAACCAAGUAUCUGCUCCCACACAUUCUCAGUCAUUCUCUGCUACGGCUCACCCGUGUGACAUGUACAAUGGACAGCACUUCAUUGUAACGUGCUCCAAGUUCAGGGAUCUCACGCCAGCACAAUCGGAAGACCACCGCAAUCGACAAGAGACUGUGCUUCAAUUGUCUGGGGCGCCACAAUGUCCGCUCAUGCAGAUCCGCGCUGAGCUGCAAGACAUGCUCAGCCAAACAUCAUACGAUGCUGCAUGUGGAACAGUCUGCGGCUGCAUUGACCCCUGCUCAACCUGCCUCAUCACCAGCUCACUAGGAAUCAGGCUACUCAUCGAUCAAGGAUCUGAGCUCACAUUCAUCACGGAGGAUCUCGUCAGACAACUCAACAUACAACGUCGACACGCAACUGUCUCAAUCAUUGGCAUUGGAGCCAGGAAAACGACUAGGACCAAGGGCGUGGUGACACUCACGCUUCACUCCUAUCAUUCUAAGCAUACUGCCAUUAUUCAAGCCCACGUCCUCAAAACACUAACGACCAUUCUACCAUCUUUUACAGCACCUCAACAAACGUGGCCACACAUAGAACCUCUGACAUUGGCAGACCCACAGUUCCUCACGCCACGCUCAAUCGACAUCAUCAUUGGAGCUGAUUCAUACGGGCAGAUCAUCAAGCCCAACAUCAUUAAACUAUCUCCUGACAUGCCAAUCGCUCAACUCUCAAUAUUUGGUUGGCUAGUGCUUGGUCCAGUCAGCUUGUCACCAUCACAAAUGUCGACUGCGCAUCACAUCAGGGUUAAACAGUACGAUCUCGAUCUUCAAGAAUUGCUGACAAGGUUCUGGGUGCAAGAAGAGCUACCAACUGAUACAACAGACCAGCUUACCUUGGAAGAACAACAAUGUGAAGAUCAUUACAAGGCCACACAUUCUAGAGAUCCAACGGGACGAUACAUUGUACGCAUCCCGCUCAAGCUUCCAACCAGUGUCUUAAGGAAUUCACAUAGUACUGCUCACCAUAGUCUCCAGCGCAUUCUCAGACGACUCAACAAGGACAAGGAAUAUCAGAGCCUCUACACCAAAUUCAUGAGCGAGUAUGAACAAUUCAAGCACAUGGUGAAAGUUGGAUCACAACCAUCAUCCGAUGUUCCGCCAUAUUAUUUGCCUCACCAUGGUGUGCUCAAACCCGACAGUACAACAACAAAACUGCGGGUUGUCUUUAAUGGCUCAAGUCCGACCUCAUCAGGAUUAUCUGUAAACGAUCUCAUGCACACUGGUGCAAAUCUACUGCUCAAUGUUUCAGACUUUCUCUUGUGGAUUCGUAGUUACAGGUACAUCUUUGCCACAGACAUAACAAAGAUGUAUCGACAAAUCAAGGUACACCACUCAGACUGGGAUCUGCAGCGCAUUCUGUGGAUCGACGAACAUCUCAAUGAAACAUCAUAUCAUCUCACCACGGUCACUUAUGGAACGAAGGCUGCUCCAUUUCUCGCAGUAAGGACACGCAUGCAAUUAGCUGAAGAUGAAGGCCAUCGAUUUCCACUGGCAGUGCCAUCAAUCACUCGUGGGAGGUACGUGGAUGAUAUUUUUGGUGGUGGUGACACAGGAGAACAGCUCAUAGAAAUUGUCCAUCAAUUGGAAGAUCUCUGCCAGGCGGGCGGAUUUCCUCUUGCCAAAUGGCACUCCAAUCACCCAGAAUUGUUAAACGCAAUCUCAUUAUUGACAGCCUCGGUCAACUCACCAGUCUCACUUGACGAUUGCGCAACCAAAAUCCUCGGAUUAAAGUGGCUGCCUCAAGAAGAUGUUUUUACAUUCUCAACAAGCUCAAUUUCUCACCAAGAACAGCUCACCAAGCGACGUGUACUAUCUGAAGUGGCACAGAUAUUUGAUCCACUUGGUUUUGUCUCACCAAUCGUAAUACGAGCCAAGAUGCUUCUUCAAGAACUCUGGCUCCACAAGAUCAACUGGGAUGACCCGUUACAAUCUCAAGUUGUCUCACGGUGGCUCAACAUCAGAAAGGAUCUCACAAGCCUGGCCAGGCUCUCAAUUCCACGCUGGUUCAACACAAGCAGUGGCUCAACGGUUGAAUUACAUGGCUUUUCUGAUGCAUCUCAAUUUGCCAUGGCUGCAGUCUAUACAUGGUCGUGCACACGCCGUCCAAGAGCGCCAAAACUUCUCUCAUAUGCUCAAGAACAAAGGUAA